AGCGUUUCCGGUCGCCGGAAAACAACCUGGCUCUGAUACCAAGAUAAAAGGUAAGCACUGAGGUCAAAAAUCUGUAAUCCAUCUUUACUGCUGCCAUACAUUGUUUCGAUUCCCUUCCAUAAUUCUCUUGCUGUUGGGUAACCAAGAAACUGAUUUUGUAAUUCCGGUUCAAUAUUCUCGAUCACCCAUGAAAUCACAAUCGAGUCCCGUUGAGCCCACUUGGUGUACUCGGGAUCUUCAGGAGGCGGUGGUGGGGUUGUGAUAUGGUUUAGCCUCCCCCGUCCUCCAAUGCCGAGUUGCAUCAACUUAGACCAUUUUGUAUAAUUUUUGUGAUUCAGUUUCUCUGAAAUUUGGAUGGGUUGAUUUGAGGUAUCAAUGGUUGACUUGUUGGUGUUUAACUGUGAUAACAUUUGCAAUAAGUCUUCCAUUAUUACUGGUUUUGAAACAAUGGAUUCGUUGUCGGUUUCCAUGGUAAAUGAUGUCGCCUAAGCGUUUCCGGUCGCCGGAAAACAACCUGGCUCUGAUACCAAGAUAAAAGGUAAGCACUAAUUUUGGGUUUUAAUUUUUAUGUGUUAUAAUUCGGUUCACGUUUUACAGCAAUAUAUACUGAGUCACUUGCCUUAAUAGCAUACAGCCACCCUAUAAUCACUCCUGAAAAUUCGGGAAUGAUUUGAUACACUCAGGCUAAGUAUGGAAGGUAAAAAUUACAAGAAUAUUACAGAAUGUUCUAACAUAUUCUAAUAGAUGUUGGGACAAUCCUUUCUGUUGCUCAAACUUUGUUAGCAGCAUUGGAUUGUGAUCAGCUUAAUAAGAUUUGCUCCACUGCUGAGUACAAAUCCAAACUCAAUGAACUCCGUCUCACUGUCAAAAGAAUCGAAGCCGUGCUCAAGGAUGCUGAGUCCAAGCAAGAGCUGUCCGAACAAGAACGGCUCUAUAAUGAACAACUCAAGGAUGCUGUUUAUGAAGCCGAUGAUCUCUUCGAUGAAAUUGUCACUCUUGCUGAGCGGAAGCAGCUCACCCAGGGUAUCAACGAUCGUGUGCUUUCUGUUUUUACCAAGUUUGGUACUGCUUACAAUAUGAGUCAGAAGGCUACGAAGAUCAAGAGUAAGCUGGAUGCUAUUGCUUAUGAUAAACGCUUCAGCUUGAGCAUUGAUCCUAAGCCUAUUAAGAAUCGAAGGCCUGAGACUUGUUCCUAUGUGUAUGAUGCUGAUGAUAUCAUUGGAAGAGGGCUUGAUUUAGAGAAGAUUGUUGGUGUGUUGCUUGAUUCUAAUGUUCAGAAAAAUGUUUCUUUCCUUUCUAUUGUGGGGAUUGGUCGGUUGGGGAAGACUGCUCUUGCCCAACUUGUGUAUAACAAUGAAAGAGUCACAACUGCAUUCUCAUUAAAAAUGUGGACUUGUGUCUCUGAUGAGAAUGAGGAGUUGUUGGAUGUACAAGGGGUUCUUGAUAAGAUUCUAGCUUCGGCCACAGGUAAAAAGAAGAUGAAUGAGGAUUUUAACAUGGAUGUGUUGCAAAGCAAACUUCGAGAACAACUUGCUGGGAAAAAAUACUUGCUUGUUUUGGAUGAUGUAUGGACUGAAAAUUAUGAGCAAUGGCAAAAAUUGAAGCAAUAUUUGAUGGGAGGUCAGAAAGGAAGCUGGAUUGUGGUUACAACACGCUCACAUCGAACUGCGGAAAUCAUAGGAGACCGUCUAAAGCAUGAACUAGAAGGCUUGUCAAGGGAAGAUUCAUUGUGUUUACUUAAAAAAGUAGCAUUUGGAUCAGAACACUCAAACCCUCCCGAAGACUUGGUCAAAAUUGGUGAAGAUAUUGUAGAGGAAUGUGCUUUUGUCCCUCUUGCAAUUAGAGUGGUGGGAAGUCUUCUCUUUGGCCAAGAAAAAACAUAUGUGGCUGAAAAUUCAAAAGCUGGGAUUAGCGCAAAUCAAUAGAAGCGAAAAUAGCAUUAUACCUACAUUGAAGCUGAGUUACUAUCAGCUUGAAUCCCCACUGAAAAGUUGUUUCUGUUAUUGUGCAGUGUUUCCUAAAGAUUAUGUGAUGGAGAAGAAUACAUUGAUAAGGCUUUGGAUGGCACAGGGCUACAUCCAGUUGAAUGAUGAUCAUCAAAGUCCGGAAUAUCUUGGUGAGGAUUAUUUCUCGAUCUUGUUGCGGAGAAGUUUCUUGCAAGACGUGAAGAAAGACAAAGAAGGAAAUGGUGUCCAGGAAUCAUGUACUUAUAUCUCAAUCAAGGACCCUGACUCGCUAUUUUCUUGAAGACGGAGUUGCUACAUUCUCCCAUCAGAAAAUUGUACUAAUAUACCACUAUCCAAAUGUUGGUGCAAUCUUUUCAUUUUUCUUCUUUUCCUUGUAGAUUGUAAUAUUGUAUGAGAUUAUGUCAUAAAGUUUUUCUCAUGCACUCUUGUGUGAUUAUGAAACAGUUGAGAUGCUGAUGAAUUUACUUUAUAAUUCUUCACACUAAUGAAUUAAGUCAUUGUAGUAAUUUGCUUCAA